AUGGCCGUUCCGCGAUCGAAUGGCGCAUCGCCAGCGGGGGACAUUAGCUAUGCCUACAUGUUCGAGGCAGACAAGAGCCCGACGAUGCAGUUCGAUGCGCUGCUGAGAGCGAUGGCGCGCUUUAUCGUCACUGAGCUCGGCGAUAGGAAUGAUGCCCAUCUCAACCCCAAGAAGCUCGCUGCGUUCUACAAGGCCGUGGGCGGCGAUUACGAUUCACUCUUCCUGGAGACGCCGCACUCAGCCAUCUCCUACAUCUGGCAAGUGACGGGCUGCCAGCACAGUCUACAGCCCACCGAUAACGACUUCGCACCGCCUUCUAUCCCAACCCUGACCCCUCGAGGCUUCUCGCGAUGGGAAUCCAUAGAGAUCCUUCUCGAGCCCGAAAUGCAUGUCCCCUUCAUUCAGUAUGCCGUGAAGCACUGGGCCCUGAGGCAUCCCGAGACGGGCCAGGCUUUCCCGCCCGACCUACCCGCCAGCGUCUUCCCCUCGGAGCCAGAUCCCAUGGUCGAUCGUUGGCAUAAACAAUGCGCCGAGAAAAUGCGCGAUGAAGCCUCCAGGGAAGAGGAGGGAGCCAGCAUACCCAGCUCCGGCUCUGCGCCCCGACCCCCGCCGUUUGCUGAACCUGCCGCGCCCAGGUUUGCCUACGUCCAUACCGCGGAUCCCUUCCGCUCGACUUCGCCGCGGGCGAGGGCUGCUGAUCCAAACCAGUACGAAAGGUUCACUUAUGUCCGUGUAGGCGAAAGCCAUGGGGCUAAUUUCGGCCAAAGGCCUUCGAUGCGUUCGCCCGAACGCUCUCGCCGCCAGAGACCCGCCGACGACGCUGGGAGACGUCGAAGCUUUUCCGACUACGCUUCCACACGCCAGCCACACAGAGACUCCAUCCGCCAUAGUUAUUCUGGCACCUAUCUCAACCCUGACUCUACUCGAACAACGCCCAGCCGACCCAGCCAGCAUCGUCGACAUAGCCACUUCCAGCGGUACUCGUCCGAUUCGUCUGGCGAUGAAUCUGUGGAUGAGUCCAUGCAUACGAGAGCCAGGCGGCGACAUCGCACCGGCUCGCCAACUACCCCCGGGGUUCGUCGCGUCGUCCCGCCGUCGUCAUCGGGCCCUCCACCGCCGUCGGCAGGCUCCAGCGUUCCUUCUUUCCGGACCCAUCGCAGCGACAGUCGGGCUGAAGAAGCAAGGAGAAGAGGUAGCCCCUUUGGGGGGUUCAGGGAGAAGCUCUCAGAGACCGUCUCCAACAUUAUCCCAGGCAGCCGCAACAGCUCAAGGGGACACAGCUCCGCCAACGACCCGAUCCGUGUGCGCAGGAGCCGCGAACACAUCCCCCCUUCACGGCUGAAUCAAAACCACUCGGAUCUUGCCUCGGACGGGCUGUCUGAAGGAUCGAGCGAAGAGGAGCGCCGCCGCCGCCACCGACUGCAUCAAGAGCGGGACCGCUACCGCGCCGACGAGGCUGACUCGGGCGGGCGCAGGGAGCGGCAACAGCAUCCGCGCCGGCCAGAGUCUCAGCGGCGGACUAGCAGUCACGCCGAUGCCGACAGACGACAGGGGCCGGGAUGGGAUGUGCGAGACAGAGAUCGCAUACGGGAGGAGAGGAAGAAGUGGGAUAGGCGAUCUGGGGAAGACGACCUGGGAGGCUCUGGAGCCAUGCCCAACCGGCGAUACCAGGAGUCUGCGUAUACUUGA